UGAGUGUAGUUGCUCUUCCAAGACCUUGACGCAUCACUUCCAUUCAGCCAUUGAAGUGGGGGGAGCAGGGUCCGUACUGUUGUGGUUCCAGUGCGACUUAUGUGUGUUUUCAUGGAAAUGUUGCUAUGUAACUCAUAAUUAGUAAUCAUUCUUCGGUGUAAGCUCAAACUAUUCUGUCGGCUGGUGUCGUCGGUGAGGAGCAGGACUAUAAUGUCUGGAGCCGUCGGUGGAGGAGGAGGCUCCUCCUGUCUGGGUGCAGCAGCGGCAGCUAGUUGCAGCUCCGCCGGCUCUCCCUACACUGCCGCAGCCGGAGGAGGCGCGGGGAUAGCCGGGAGGCUGCCAGCCCGGGUCCUGGAGCAUGUUUUCUCCUAUCUGGAGAUGUCUGACUUGAUGCGGUGUUCGCUGGUCUGCUGGCACUGGAACAAUAUCCUCGCGGAUGAAAACAGCGAGGUGUGGCGCAGCCUCUGCACCCGGUCCCUGAGCGAUGAGGCUCUGCGGUCUGACAUCCUGUGUAACCUGCCCACCUACAAGGGGAAACUCAAGGCCUUUCAACAUGCUUUGAGCUCCCAUGACUGCUCUCGCAAUGUUUACGUGAAGAAGAACGGCUUUACCCUGCACCGCAACCCUAUUGCCCAGAGCACGGAUGGUGCGCGUGGCAAGAUUGGCUUUUCGGAAGGACGGCAUGCCUGGGAGAUCUGGUGGGAAGGCCCCCUUGGCACCGUGGCUGUGAUAGGCAUCGCCACAAAGCGGGCAGCAAUGCAGUGCCAGGGCUACGUUGCUCUACUGGGCAGUGAUGACCAAAGCUGGGGCUGGAACCUGGUCGACAACAACCUGCUUCAUAAUGGGGAGGUUAAUGGAAAUUUCCCACAGUGUAACAAUGCACCAAAAUAUCAGAUUGGUGAGAGAAUUCGGGUGAUCCUAGACAUGGAUGACAAGACGUUAGCCUUCGAGAGAGGAUUUGAGUUUCUUGGAGUAGCAUUUCGUGGACUCCCCAAAGCCUGCCUAUUCCCUGCUGUCUCAGCAGUAUACGGAAACACUGAGGUCACCAUGGUGUACUUGGGAAAACCUCUGGACGGCUAGAAGCAGAAUAACAUGUGCCACCAUUCAAAUUAUCAAGCCACUGGUGAGUGCAGGACUUUGACUGUCAACACAGUGCCAACCAUGUGUGUUGCACCAUGUCAAAAGUGGUCAUGUUUCCUCCAAGCAAAAUAACUCUAUUCACAUACGUAGAGAGGACUGUUGGCAUUUCUACUACAGCGGCACAUGAACCCAGUCAGUUUUUGGACUACAGGGAAAAGGGUGUGGGGACAGUCAUAUACACGUGGAAGUGUCCACUUUUACAGUUUAGCUGCUGGACCUUUUAUGUACAGACCAGGGGAACAUAAUUUAAUUUCAUGUGAUUCAGUGCUGAACAUUUACUUGAUAUUUUGUCCGCUUGAAUGAGGCCAAAACUCUUCUAAACUGUGGCAAAUACUUUAAGACAUAAUUUUAAUAAGUGACACAGUCGUUGUUAUGAAUAGCUAUCUGUUGUAUGAGUUAACACAGGUGAACUAUAAUCAGUGACUGGAUUAUAAUGGUUUUAUGCCAAAUGUGACCUAAUGUUGUAUUUUGAUAAAGGCAAACAGAGGACUUAAGGACCAACUGUCACACAUGUGCAUGGACACUGGUGUAUGGACUGAAUCAUUUGCCCUUUUAAAAUACUCAGCCAGUAAUGGUGGAAACUAUAUCCGUAUCAUGUUAAUGUGUGUCCUUUUUAAUGUGCUACUGUAGUAUUACACACUAUUUAUUGGUUUUAUCUAUGGUACUAUAGAUACUGUAUGGUUAUAGGGUUUGAAAAUAAAGUCUAUAAGGUGCCACUCUUAGAACAAAGAUGGUUUGAUGCUUGUGUUUGCAGCACAGAUGGUUGUAUACCACAGCCUGUCGAUUUAUCUGCGCAGUCACAGCUGUCCAGUUACACUACAUGUUUCCAGCCCAUGCUACACAAAUCUGUCCCCUGAACUUUGGAAGGAAGACUCAGAGCUAAAGAGCUCAAGCCUAUAAACUGCAUAUUGUCAAGGUCUGGUAAAAACCAUGUAUCUCCACAUUUUGUGAUUUCGAAUUGUUCAGAUAAAUUGUUCUUUUACGUGUUGAGAAAUAUUCCUAAAUCUUAAAA